AAACAUCAAAGACAAAAAUCAACUGAUCCAUUACAGGUGUUAAGCAAAUUUUUAAUCAUAAUAAUUAAUAAAAUUAACUUCGAUAGAAAUAAUUUGAAAGCUUAAUAAGUUUGACAAAAAGAUAUUUAGUCCACGGUGAAGUUCAAAUAUGUCACAAUAUUACAUAUAACCUCAUUUUUAUUCGAAAAGCCUGAACUCAACUAAAUCAAUCUUUGGAUCAACGCUAAAAUAAAAUUACCAUGGCUGAUAGAUUAACACAAUUACAAGAUACAAUAAAUCAACAAGCCGAGCAUUUUUGCAACAGCAUUGGUAUACUGCAACAAUAUUCAAGCCCAAGUAAAUUUCCUGGAUUCGACCGUUCUGGUUCACAAACACCAAAUCAACAAAAUCCUCAAGAAGAUUAUGCUCAAUUAUUUUCAACAUUAAUAUCACGAACAGCCAAAGAUAUUGAUAUACUUAUUGAAUCGUUACCAAGUGAAGAAAGCUCCACAGAUUUACAAGUAGCAAGUUUAAAACGAUUAGAAACAGAAAAUCAAGAUGCGGCCGAUCGUUUGGAAGAAGUUGUACGUAGGGGCGAAAAACUUUAUGAAAGAAUACAAGCGGCAUUAAGUGAUAUCGCUCAAGCACAAUUAGAUAUGCAAAAUUUGAAUAAAGAAUUAAAUAAUGCGAUGAAUACGAAUCGCUAA